AUGUCCUUCGUCUAUGGCAUUCUUUUACUCAUUUCGGCAACCACUGUCAAAUGUGAUAAUAUUACAGUCAUCCCGCUUAUACAUAAUAUUACUGUUGACAAUUUGCCGCUUCCCAAUAUUACCCAAUCUGUAUCGAAACCUCCAAUUAAUGAAUCUGUACCAUUGAAUCCAUUGUUGUAUGUACCGCAAAAGUUCACGGUUAAACUAUAUAAAGAUGGUUUAUCAAAUCCACGUGCAAUGAUCUAUACCCCGACUGGUGAUAUUCUAGUGAGUGAACCAGCGGUAAAUAAAAUUACAAUUAUGAUAAACGGACAACCAGCACAAACGUAUACAUUUGCUGAUGCAACAAACGGGUUAAACCAUUCCUAUGGAAUGGCAUUUGCACAAGGAUAUUUUUAUGUUGGAAAUCAAGAAGAUCUUCGACGUUAUAAUUACACAAAUGGUACUCGAAGGAUCAAUGGAACAGGUCAGGUGAUCAUGAGCUACAAAUCCACAACUACAGAUGUUGAACCUUCAACACGAUCGUUAGUUGUUUCACCGACUAAUGAUCGAAUUUAUGUUGGUAUCGGUUCGGCGAUGGAUGCUGAUCCUGAGCUAUUACCAAGUGCAUCCGUACAAGCAUGUGAUUUAGAUGGAACGAAUCCGACAACAUUUUCAUGGGGAAUACGAAAUCCGAUUGGAAUUGCAUUUCAUCCAAUAUCAAAUGAUUUAUAUGUAUCUGUCCAAGAACGCGAUGGAUUAGGUGAUGAUUUAGUGCCAGAUUAUUUCACUCGCAUUCAAGAGGGAGAGUUCUUUGGUUGGCCCUAUGCGUACCUGAGUCCGAACAAGAUCGAUCCACGACUAAAUUACAGUGAUGGAGCAAGUGAGAAUAUUCUUGUGAAAAAUCUUGUGAGCCAAACAAAAGUACCGGACGUUCUUUUUGAAGCACAUUCAGCUGUAUUGGAUAUGAAAUUCUAUACAGCAUCCAAAUUUCCACAGCACUAUCUUAAUGGUGCAUUUGCAGCAUUUCACGGUUCAUGGAAUAAAAAUAAUGGCACCGGCUAUUCAAUUGUAUUCGUACCAUUUGGUUCUGAUAAUCGUCCAUUAGGUUAUUACGAAGACUUUGUCUAUGGAUUUCUGACAAACGUUUCUGGGCCGGUUACAUUUGGUCGUCCAGUAGGUCUCUUGGUAAUGAAGGAUGGGAGUCUGUUGUUCAGCGAAGAUUGGAACAAUCGAAUUUAUCAAGUACAAUAUACUAAUCGUGCGGAUGAUAAUCGACUUUGUUUCCUUCCAUUUGCUCUAUCUUUUCUUGUUAAAUAUUUUCUUUUAUAA